AUGUUCGAUUUGAGUGUUUCGCCUUUGGACUCCAAUGAAUACAUUGAAUGUUCGAUUCCUGAUAAAAUCCUCUUUUCGGAAAACUUUGAACAUCUGGUCAAAGAAUGUGAAUACAUUGUAAAGAAGCUCUCAGCAUCUUCCGAGAGCGGUGAUAUAAAUAAGGGUGCAAACUCUCUAAAUUAUAUUCCUUUUUUAAAAACAAUCUUUGAUAUUCAAAUUGAGGCGCAUAGAUUGUUAAGCUGGCUGAAAUUGGCCAUCAGGGUCAUACAAAAUCGUCGUUGGAUUGCAGUGAGUGUCCAGUCGCUCCUAGUGUAUAAGCUGUCCCAUUUUACUCGUCCUGUUUCGCUCUCUAUGACUUUACCAUUUCUUGGCGAAUCAUAUCAAAAGCCGUUGUUUUCGCAUGCCUCAUAUUCUCCACGGACGGUUCUAGCCAAGGACUACAUGCGAGUUCUAAAGCAUAUUGAUCAUCUGUGGAAUAAGGUUGGAUUUCACUUGCGCUCGUUCGGUGAAAAUUUGAGUGGUCUUUCUGUCUUAUUAACCCUUCAGAAUGAGAUUUCCACUUUGUCAUCUAUUGCUGCGAAUGUUUCGGAGAAAACAGAAGUCCUCUUCCACUCGAUUGAAUGUCAGGUGUUGACAACUAAUGCUCCAAACAUUGCCGCAUUUUACAACGGACUCAAGGUUGAAAAUUUAAGGCUAAAGAAACUGUCUCGCCGUUUAGGCAAUUUGCAGAAGCUAAUACAAUACUUGGAGGGUUCGAGUUCCGAGAAGCCCUGGUUCGACCUUUCAACUGAAGGGCUUGCCAUCGUCCAUUUGACAAAGAGCAAGAUCGUAGAGCUGGUUAAUCGUGUUCAUGAAGUUUGGUUAAGACAGUUUGAACUGCUUGAGACUUUGAAAAUGAUAUUUGGUGGAGUGAGCCAAAAUCAACUGCCUCUUAUUCCGCAAUUCAAUUCAACUAAACUUCGUUCUUCUUCUCUUCCACAAUCCAUUUGGUCAAAUCCAGACCAUGGAAGACAGUGUCUUUGCUUUCAGCGUUCACCCUCUUCCAUAUCCGAGCCCUGUUUCACGUGUCUGGUGUGCCUUCGUAGUUGCAUAGAUGUGGACGAUACUAACCGCCUUUCUCCACGAAUUCACUUCAAAACGAGUGGCGAGUCUGGUUUCGUUAGUGACUCGGACAAUGUUCUACGACGUCGUAGGGAUGAUUGUAAACUCACCACUCUUUCCAAAAUCAAUCGGAGAUGGUCAUUCAGUCAUCCUUCUGAUAUUCUAGUGUCUCCUUGCCAGUCCUCUAAGGUUCGGCCCAAUUCGAGCGAUCGAAUGGGCAAGUCUUUUGAACAAAUCACACCAGUUAAACAAGUGCAAAUCAUUCAACAUCAAGGGUCGAGUUCCAUUCCAGCUCGACCAUUUUCCCUCAUGAAUCCGAUUCCUGCUUCGACUAAAAGGGAAUAUUUAGCUGUUGAAGCGACCCUGGACGCUCCCUUAGGUAGACCGUAUUGCACGUCCUCUCCACGACGUCCUCUGUCUAUUGUCUCGACUUCCACUGCCAAUGCCGACGUUACGGAAUUUGAUCUUGACAGUGACGAUGAUAUUGAACACGACCUUACCAAUCAUCCCUCUCAGCUAGGAGCGGGCGAGCCUGAAGAUGAUUCUGCUCUCGUCACUUCGCCAACUUCCUAUUCUCUCAUGUCACAUGAGCCAUCAGAUCAGGAGGAAGAGGAGAUGACUGAAGAUUGCUACGACGAUGUCGUGGUGUCAAAAAGACCAGGAUGCUUGUGUCGUAGUCUACCGAUUCUAUCUAACAACGCAUCGGGAGAUGUUGGCGUUGACUUGAGCCCUCUCAAGGAGACACUAAAGGACCCCUCAUUUGACGAUCAGGCCAUUCUGGUGGAUACUACUAUGGAUGAAGCCUACUUACCCAUUGCCACAAUUUCAAGCAACGACGGUGAUACUUGUGAACUGGAAGAUGGUGAAGAUCCGGCAGUUAAUGCACGAUUAAUUGGUGCCACCACUAGUCAUGGAUGUUCUGCUGACUGGUCUACGCUUAAUCGCCGUUCUGACGAUCUAGCAAAUUUAGCCUCUGCCUUACGUCUGUCACAGACGGACUCCACAAGGCUCCACAAAGUAUUCCAGGAUGGAUCCAAACUGAUUGAGUGGCUUUCUGUCCUUGAGACGUCAGUCUGCUCCUCAACCCCUGCGGAACAUCCUUCAUCUUCAAAAUCGCUUUGUCGUCUGCAACCUGAACAUAUUCGCGAGAGUUUAAAUAGACAUCUUCAUGAUUUGGAGUCAAGUUUGGAGAAAGUACAAAGCUGGCAGCGUGAAGUUGAUGAACUUUUUACCAAACACCAGAAGCGUUUUGCUGAUUUCGAAAGUCAGAGCAGUAAACUUCUUGCAUCUGAUCAUGGUCUGCUUGUCUUUUUCCCUUCUUGGCUGGAUACGAUUGCCUCCAGAUGUUCUGACGCAAUGCGCAAAAUACGAUCUCAAUUGCGGUUAUCUGAUUACUUAAAGACAUUUUCUGAUGAGAGAGAGAAAGUAUUCCAGGAAGUUAAAGUUCGAACAGAACUUUUGCUAGCUGAGGCCGAUUACUUGGUGGAAAAAUUGGUUGGUGUCGCAGAAAACAACACGGAUGUCUCCAAUGUCAAACAGGAUAUAUUUACCAUCGAUGUGAUGAUGAAAAAACUCCAGGACUUGUUAGAACACGCUUCGGAGUUGGACCCUUGCCACGGUCUUGUGCUUGGGGAUUCCAUUGAAUCCUUCACUGACAAUCACAUUUUGCGAGCACGUCUUCGAAAUUCCCUGGCGAAUUUACAAAACCUCCAUUCAAGAAUUCUUUCCCUACCCCCUACUCCUAGCCUCUCAGUAUCAACCCCCUCUCAAAGAUGUACAGGACUGCAGAUACUGAUGUUCACGAUACUUGCCCUUUUCUCUGCUUUCUUCUUUGGAUUUGUUCAAGUUGUAUGGUUGAGCGAAGAGGAGAUUCGAUUUCAUCGUGCCUGUGGUAGUCGUAAAUGGGUUCUCUGUUUCUCGUCUGUAUGGUCCCAUUCGCUUUGUAUUCUCCUGCGUACUAUACUCCCAUCCAUAGAGCCUUCUUCUAAUGACCUUCUAAAGGUUCCUCCCAUUUAG